UGCUCCCAGCUGUGCAGCUGUGUGGGACAAGCCUGCGCUGCUUUCUAGACAACUUGCUCGGAGACGGAGCCCGGCCGGGAAAUAAAGGCUCUAUUUUGGACCUUGGUCUCUAGUGGUCUUGCUUGCUUCUGCCUUACAACAUUUAGGGGUUCGUUCGUGAUUGGAAGGAGACACUCAGACCUCGCCUAGAGGGAUGUUUCCUUGAGGGGCGGCCACCCAGGAAGCUUUCCUUGGCCAUGGGGGAUCCUUUCCCUUGGCCCAACGCAGCAGGAUUCUGAGAGUCCUGAGACAAGCCACUGGAGAAAUGUGUCAUGGCUUUUCUGAAAACUCAACAGAGGAUCUGCUGAGGAACCACCUCCCUUUCGUGCCCUAGGUGAUUAGACUUUGUGCUCCUCUCCCAUCUGCUUUUAGCAUCAUGCCGGCCAUCUUUGAACGUGAUGUCAAGAAUCUGCUCAAACAGUUGGGAAGAAAAGAGCUGAGGCCUGUUAACUGCCUGAAGAGUGCUUUCAAAUUCUGCCAGUUUAAUGUGAUACGGACUCGGAAGCCUAAAUUUCUCUCACAGUUUUGGAAACAGCCUGACAUUCCAACUGAAUUCUCCCUCCUUGACAUCCUGGAACCAAAUCCUUCAGUCCCAGAAACUGCUGUGAUGGGGCCAUUUGUCUACAGUGACAACCUGGCCCAGGAGCUGAAGGGUGACAUGGCUGUGGGUGUAGGGACUGGGCUACAGAUGGGAGUAUCAGUGGAGGCUGGUCAGUCCCACGUGUCCUCCCUCAACUUUCAUAUUAUCAACGUGCCGAUACAAACCUGGACAGAACUUCGCCUGAGGAAACGUUUGGACCCUGAACCAUGGUUUCUGAAGCAGUGUCGGGAAAGAGAGGAGCAACUCUACGUGGUGACAGAGGCUGUGGAAGUCACCAAUAGCCCCGUGCUGCACAGCAGUAAGAGUGUCAAGGGCCUGGGAAAAUGUUCCAACACUUGGGAUCCGCUUGCCAAGGUUCAAGGCCAGGUAGAGUGUCUUAAUAUGGGAAAGGAGACAUUGGUUUUACCACAAGGCACGGUGAUGGCUUAUCAGAGGAAGAAGCUGAUUAUCAAGAAGGAUGGCUGGGAUAUUCUUCUCAUCACAGAUGAUGAUGAUAAGCAGAAAACCUUUCAAGAUGCAGAGGGAGAGAGACUGACAGGCUGGAUGUCCCCUCAAGUCAAGCCCUGCCAAGCUCAAACACAUCCUCACAAUUUACCAACAAGACAUGGCUCCUUUUGGAUCUCCAUGAAAACUCUGCGGACUACAGAAGUACAGGGUAAUCUCCCCAUUUCCCCUUUAAGCCUUUACUCUACUGCAGAUUUCCAGUGCCUACAAAAAGAGGUUGCUCGUGAGAUGGAAACACUGGCACAGUUGUCAAAGGAUGUUCAGGGUGUUAUAUUCAAUGAUAUUCUGGCUGUGCGUGGGAGUUGAGAAGCUCUACAGGACCUCAUGGACAAGCUGGAAGAGUACCCGGUGGGCAAUUUGGAUGGUCCUGGUCGCGACAUUCUAAAUGAGAUACAAAAGGCAGCAAGUCAUGGAAGAAGUCUAAUGGCCAGUCUAAAUGUCUGCAUCCUUUACAUCCUUGGAGCCAUGAUGGUUCUAACUGACACUCAACAUGACCUGCUGGUUCAGUCCAUGAAGAAGAAGAUCCUGCCGCAUCAGCGGGAGCUGGUCAGGAGCAUCCUGGAGCCCAACUUCAACCACGCUGAUAGCGUCUCCUUUGCCUUUAGACCCGAGCUCCUUGCCGCAGUGCAGGGCGAGAGUCUGACCAUUACUUACGGGCUGCUAGAGGAGUGUGGCCUGGAUAUAGAGCCCAAUAGCCCCAGAUCAGUGUGGGUUCCGGAGGCCAAGGAGUCCCUGUGUGCUCUGUAUGGGUGUCUUUCAAUACUGCAGCAGCUGGCUGAGGCCUGAACGGUGUGUGUGUGUGUGUGUGUGUGUGUGUGUGUGUGUGUGUGUGUGUGUGUGUGUGAUGGGGGGGUGGGAGGAGCAAGGGAGAAAUCAGUCCUGCCCACCUUGUCUCCGCCUGUCUAUAUUGCGUGUGUCCUGGAGGGCAUGGGGCAUCCAGAGGAAGUAGGUUUCUGUCUCUCUGACUUUCAGGGAGUGAACAAGGACUGAAAAAAUGUUCUGCAUGAUCAGAAAAUUCUUAUCUUACACAACUUUAAAAAAUUUUUUUCUUUAUUGGGGAAUUAAUGUUUUACAUUCUACAGUAAAUACAAUAGCUUGUACAUGCAUAACAUUUCUCAUUUUUCCAUAUAACAAUACAACCCCCACUAGGUCCUCUGAAGGACCUGUAUUCCCCCCCCCCAACCCCAGAGUCAUUUACUUUGGUGCAAUACACCCAUUCCAUCUUACACAACUUUUGAGCAUCUCUCCAACUCAUGAACCAGUGUCCUAUAGAUAGUACAGAGGACUUCAUUGUUUGUGAAUCUGACACAAAGACAAUGUAAAGCAAUAUUGAGCUAGUCAAAAUACGCAUUAUCGAUCAUUCUGAGGGACGUAUACACAGCUCUGCGUCAAGUUAAACACCAGUAAGUUCAAAAUGCAUAAAAAUAAGAUGGAUUGAUGAGAUGGUGGAAUGACAGAUAAAUGACUAAGGAAAUGUGGGAGAACAUUAAAUGUUCUUAACUGGGUAACUGGGCGUGAGCUAUAUGAGAAUUUACUUUUAUUCUCGAUAUAUUUUGUUAACCUAAAAUUAUUUAAAUAAAAUCUUCCCAUAACCCA